AUGAAGAACAAAGUCUCUGCCUUUGACUGCUCACAGGCAGUGACAUCCUGUGUCUCCCACGGGCUGCGUGCCGGCCAAGGAAGCAGGACAACUGAUGAGUCCCUUCCCAAGCCCUCCCUCAGGGCCUGGCCCAGCUCGGUGGUGCCUCGCGAGAGUAAUGUGACACUGCAGUGCCAAACGUCUACCAAGAAUGUCAACUUUGUUCUCAGAAAAAGUUCCACGCAGUCCGUGCAAUCACGGGCUUCCACAGAGGGCCUGGCUGAAUUUCACCUCACUGACCUAAAAACCGACAAUGCUGGAGAGUACAGCUGUGAGUACUACAGACUAGGGAGCCCGUCCGUAAGUUCGCGGCCCAGUGACGUCCUCCUACUGCUGGUGACAGGAGAUUUAACAAAACCUUCCCUCCAAGCCCACCCAAGGGGUGAGGUGACCGCAGGAGACACCGUGACCCUGCAGUGCCAGAGGCCAGACAAUAUUUUCGUGCCUGUAAUGUUCGCUCUACUGAAGGCAGGGGCAGCAGAGCCCAUACGGGUCCAGAGUCCUGCAGGGAAGGAGACGGACUUCUCCCUCCGGACUGUGACAGUCAGUGAUGCCGGGAACUACAGCUGUCUGUGUCUACUACGAAAGGCUCCAUUCUUGGCCUCACACCCCAGUAACCGCCUUGAAAUCCUGGUAACAGGUACCACACUGGGGGAUUACACCAAGAUUAACCUCAUCCGACUGGGUCUCGCUGCCAUGUUUCUGAUUAUCACCAGGAUUUUGCUGGCUGAAGCCUGGCAUAGCCAGAAGGAGUCUCCAUGA